UUCUCUGUAACUCUCAUCUUCGUCUUUCAUUGCUUUAUUGUUUUGUCACUCCUCUGUUUAUCCAAAAAAAUAAAAAUCAAAGAAAAUAAUUUUAUUUUAAUUUUUCUGGGUAUGUUUUAUUUCUUCUUGUUUUAGGUUUUUUUUUUAUUUUUUUUAAAAUUUUGGUGGAAUUGGCGAUGUGUGGAGUAAUUUUAGAACAUGCUUUUGAAUUGGGAUUUGGAUUUGGAUUUGUGAUUAGCCUCGGUUUCUUUAGAGAUGUUUGAUUGGAACGACGAAGAGCUAACGAAUAUAAUAUGGGGUGAGGGUGGUGAGACUGAUGACCAUAUAGUACCUUAUCAAGAGGGAAGUGAAAGCUGUCAUGCUAAGAAGGAAUGGAGUCAAGAAACUGCAACCAUAAAGUCCACCCAGCAAAAGACACCUGGGAAUAAAGUUGAUCUUCAUGGAAGAAAGUUGGAAGGCAGUUCCAAUUUCAAUGCCAAUGGAAGGAUUUCCACCUCAGGAUUUGGCAUGGGCUCAUGGCCAGAGUUUUCUUUAUCUAAUGCAGAAAAAACUGAUCAGAAUUCCAUGGGUAGCAAAGUCUCUAAUAAUUUGGUUGAAGUAGCUAAUUGUUGUUCAAAAAAUGAGAUGCUUGAACAUGGUAAAGAUCCUGAAGUUUUUCAAAAUCCCAAUGAAGGUAAAGAACAAGGUGAUUUUGUUGACUACAGCUGGGCUAACAUUGGAAGCUUUGAUGAUCUUGAUCGAAUUUUCAGCAAUGAUGACCCAAUAUUUGGCAAUGUAAGUCUUGGUAGUGCUGAUGAGUUAUGGUCCUCAUCUAAAGAGGUAACAAACAGCCCAGGAAAAUGCUUUCCUACAACUAUGGAUUCUCCUAACCUGGGGUUAGGAGCAUUAAGGAGCACAUCUGAGAGUUUGGAAAUCAAAAGAGAAUACGAGCAACAAGAUAACCAGUCAUUUACUCUUAUCUAUGAAGAACUGGAUGGUUGCACAUCUCAUGGUCUGCAUAAUGUGGAAUUUCAUGGAGAUAAGAGUAAAUCCAUUAUUGAGGAGCAGAUGAAUGUGGAAACUAAGGGAAAAACUAGUACAUCAAACUCUCACCUGUUUACAGAAAAAGUUAUGGCCCCUAAUGAAUUGGUUGAUAAGGCAUAUAGGCAGAAAAAGCUGUUGAAAUUUCGAAGAAAAGCUGAAGAAAUAGGUGAGGCAAAACAAGUACAGGAUUUAUGUACCUGGACUCCAACUGGGAACCCAUUGGCUCAGUAUGAGAAUAAUUUGGCAACCUCGAUGGUAAAAUCUUCUCCAUCUUCGGUUGUGAGUCAGCAGAGGCAGCUUCGAGGAUCUGACUUACUGCAGUACCAACACAUCUCCAAUACAUUUGCAGCCACGUAUGGGAAUCUUACAAACCAAUAUCCUGCAAUACCUGUGUUGUCCAACAUCCAGUAUGGGGAAUUUAAUCAGCAACCCUUACUUUCUUGUUAUGAUGUUUCCCCUGGAAAGGCAAAUCCUUUAAACAGGUCAUUUGAGGCUGCUACAAAACCCUUGAGAAUGACACCUCAAGAAAAAAUUGAAAAAUUGAGGCGGCGCCAGCAAAUGCAAGCACUGCUUGCCAUUCAGAAACAACAACAGCAGUUUACGCAUGAAGUUCCUUGUACCAAUCAAUUUCUCAUUCCAAAGUCAACUCAAGAAAAUCAAUUUCAGCUUGUUGAGGGAACUGAUGUUGAAGACCUUAGCACUCUUGCCUCUUUUGACCCUAACUCGCCUCUAGAGCAAGAUGAUUCUAAUACAGUCUCUAUUGCAAUUGAUGACUAUUCAGUGGGGGACACGGUACUUUAUCAGCUACAAGAUGUAAUUGCAAAGUUGGAUGUGAGAGUUAGACUUUGCAUAAGAGAUAGCUUGUUCCGGUUGGCUCAAAGUGCAAUGCAGAGACAUUAUGCUAGUGACACAAGCAGCACUAACAAAAAUGGCAGGGAUGAAAAUGAAGUUUUAAAAGAAGAAAAUAAGCACCAUAACAGGAUGUCCGACGCUGAAACAGAGACCAAUCCCAUAGACCGUACCAUUGCUCAUUUACUCUUCCAUCGGCCUCUGGAGUUGUCAGUAAAGCAUCCUGAGACACCUGAAUCACCUGCUUCCACAAAGUUCGCAUGUGAACACAAAUCAGCAGGUUUAAUGAGUUUGCCAAUGGGUUGCUUAUCAGACAAUUCACAAGUUAAACAAAACCUUACUCACCAGGUCUCAAAAGUUCCUUCCUCAUUGAUGGACCCCCAACAUGUGGAGCAGUUUAAGAACAGCCCUUGCAUAGAUGCUUCUGUGAAUGAAUCAAACUACGGGCCCACAGGUGGAGUUGCUGAGGUUGAAGCCUCACAAUGAAAUCUGAAAUUCUUCCAAGGGUAUUUCUUUUCUUGUCAGCUGACCUGGUCCAUUCAAGCUUAUCGUGGAGCUGUGAAAAUCAUCCUAGCUUAGUUGGAUCGUAUCGACUGGUGGGAUCUGGAGCCUGAAAACAUUGUUAUUUCAAGAAUCUCUGCACAUCUUUCAUCAGCAUCUAUACACAAACUGCAUAUGUGCUUGUGCUUGAAGUCAAUGUUAGUAAUGAACGUCUGAAUAUUCCUCAGUCUGUCUAUCCUCCUACGUAUUCAGAGACAGCUUGUUUUAUGUGUCAUCUGAUCUACAGCUUGCUUGAUAUGCGACAUUAUUCAACUAUGUCAAACCUAAUAAGUCUUGGUGAAUCGACAUUGCCAAACUUUUUUUCACACUUUGCUACAAUUAGAAAUCCCAAUAGCUGAACCUGAAACUUAUUAUAGAAUUGAUGCAUCACGUGUAUUGGUUUAA